AUGUUUUUAGAAACUAUUGUUGGUAACAUUAAUUCAAAAUCUGAUCUUGAAUUAUAUCUUGAGGAGCCUCCCUUGAAAGUUCCCCGUAAAACUAAGUUUGAUGUUUUAACAUGGUGGAUAGGGAAUGAAGCCAAGUAUCCUGUUCUUAGUAAAUUGGCAAAGGAUAUUCUAAAUGUUCCAGUUACAACUGUUGCUUUUGAAACAACUUUUAGUGCUGGUAAAAGGGUUAUUGAUCAGAAACGAUCUUCAAUGGAAACUAAGACAGUUGAAAUGGUUCUUUGUGGGGGUGAUUGGGUAAAGGAGAAGUAUGGAAUUAAAAAGGGUUGCACUGCUAGCAUUCUUGAAGAACCACAAGAUGAACCUUUAGCAUAUCAAUUUGGUGAGGAUCCAGUUGUCGCUUCUUCUACAACAACAAUUUGA